CCGCCGGUGCCGCCCCCACAAGGGUUAAUGGCGCUCGGCGAAAGUUGCCGGGCGGCGGCGCGGCGCGGAUUGGCCCGAAGUUGUCGGGGCGGGCCGGGCUCAGCCGUGCCGGGCCUCCUCCGCCCCCCGCCCGGCCCCGGCCCCGCCGCCCCCCGCCGCCGGCGGAGCCAUGCGCCCCGCGCCGCUGCUCGGGCUCCUGCUCUGGGCGCCGCUGCUCUGGGCGCCGCCGGUGCGCAGCCCCCGCCACAGCGUCCACUGGAACGGCAGCAACCCCAGGUUCCUACGGGACGACUACAGCAUCCAGGUGGCCAUCAAUGACUACCUGGACAUCUACUGCCCGCACUACGAGGGGUCUGUGCCCGCCGGGCGGGCAGAGACCUUCACUCUCUUCAUGGUGGACCGGGAGGGCUACCGCGGCUGCUACGAGACCCCCGGUGCUUUCAAGCGCUGGGAGUGCAACAAGCCCCAGGCACCCUUUGGGCCCGUCCGCUUCUCCGAGAAGAUCCAGCGCUUUGCCCCCUUCCCACUCGGCUUCGAGUUCCAGCCGGGGGAGACCUACUACUACAUCUCCGUGCCCAGCCCCGAGAGCGCCGGGCGCUGCCUGAAGCUGCGCGUCUCCGUCUGCUGCAGAGGCACCACGCCGGAGCCGGUGACAGAGGUUCCCAAUUCGCAGCCCCGCGGGCGCGGGGGCCCGGAGGAUGCAGAGCCCGGCCGCAGCAUCGCAGCCCCGCUGCAGCCCCGCGCCCUGUGCCUGGCGCUGCCGCUCCUGGCCCUGCUCUGGAUCUGACCCAUGGCAGGGACGCGGGUCCUCUGCCCCACCGCCCACUGCCAGACUCCUCCUCCAUCGCCUCCCUUCUCCCCCCAAGCCCGUGGGGCAGCCCCAGGGUACGACUCACCCGCCGGACCUCCACAGAGCCGAGCCGGGGCCAGGAGCUCUGGGCUGGAAGGACCUCGCUUCCCACCGGCAUCGCCGCGCAUCGGCCCUGCCGGACCCCUGCCCCGGUGCCAGGCUCUGUGCGGCUCGGUGGCCGCCUGCUCUGCCCCAGGGCCAUCGACUCAUCUUGUGCCUUCUUCCCCCAUGGACCCUCCACCGCAGGGGGGCUGGGGACCCCCCAAGGCCCUGGAGCUGAGCAGCAGCUCCUCCGGGUGCUGGAUGGAGGCCCCUCUGCUGCCUUGUCCUCCGGCGAGGACACACCGAUCUGUCUUCUGGGAAGACGCCUUCCUCCAUGCCGUCACCGGCCCCUUCGGUUUGGUUUUAACCCCUGGUAGUGACUGAGCCGAGCAAUACAGUGUUUGCAAGA